AUGCACAUCCAACAAGCCUCUGAUGCGCUUUUAUGCCAAGUCUUCACAGCUACCCUCAAAGGGCAAGCUCGAACAUGGUUCUAUUCACUCCCCGCCGGAUCUAUCCGAAUGUUCGUCAAAUUAGCCAAAAUAUUUGUCGAACAUUUUGUUGCAAAUCGGAGGAUGGUCAAAGACUCUUCCCACCUCUCAGAAAUUCGCCAAAAUGAAAAUGAGUCCCUCAAGGAGUACUUUCAAAGAUUUUCUACAGAAGCCCAGCAAAUUCCAGGGGUAGAUCCCGAGUUACUUAGAGGCGUAUUCCUCGGAGGGCUUCGUCCUGGACCAUUCUACUCAGCACUCAUGCGAGAUACGGUCCAUUCAUAUGCGGAUCUGAUCCAUCGUGUAGAAGCCCAAAUCUCUGCCGACGAAGUCAUUAACGCUCAUAGGAAACAGUUUGAACAAACAACCGGGAAGCAAAAAAGUACACCAGGAAUGGAAAAUCCAUCCUCACAACGGAAGAAGCAGUGGAAUAAUAAUCUUCCCCCUCGGCCCUCUCAGCCACGACGAGAGCGUCGCCAAGAGAAGGAGUACACACUGCUUAAUGUAUCCAAAGCAAAUGUGUUGAUGGCCAUCCGAGACCAGGAGAGCGUAAAGUGGCCACAACCUUUGAAGCCCAAUGUCAGAAAUCAGGAGCAAUAUUGCCACUUCCAUCGGAGCCGUGGGCAUACUACCGAAGCAUGUAGACAGCUCAAGGAAGAAAUCGAAAGACUGAUCUGA